UCCGUCCACCGCAGUGAUCGAUGGGUAAUGUAGUUUCGCAACAAAAAACACGUGGGGUGUAUUGCUGUGACUUCUACGAAACAUGGCGGGGUUGGAGCUGCUCACCGACCAAGGAUACCGCCUGGAUGGAAGAAAAGCCUCCGAACUGCGGAAGUUUCAGGCCCGUAUGGGAGUGUUCGCUCAGGCAGACGGUUCUGCUUAUCUGGAGCAGGGAAACACCAAGGCUCUGGCUGUGGUUUACGGUCCGCAUGAAAUGAGAGGAUCCAGAAGUCGGGCCCUUCAUGAUCGAGCUGUUAUUAACUGCCAGUACAGCAUGGCCACUUUCAGCACAGCUGAGAGGAAGAGGAGACCGCAUGGAGAUCGCAAAUCCACAGAGAUGAGUCUCCACCUGAAGCAGACAUUUGAAGCUGCUGUGAUGACUCAGCUCUUCCCACGCUCUCAGAUAGACAUCUAUGUGAAGAUUCUGCAGUCAGAUGGAGGGAACUACAGCGUGUGUGUCAAUGCAGCUACCCUUGCGGUCAUUGAUGCGGGCAUCCCCAUGAGAGACUACGUCUGUGCCUGCACUGUAGGCUUUGUUGAUGAGACUCCUCUUGCUGACCUUUGCUAUGCCGAGGAGAGCGGAGGAGUGAGCUCUCUGGCUUUGGCUCUGCUGCCCCGGGGCGGACAGAUCGCCCUUGUUCAGAUGGACGCCCGACUUCAUCAGGACCACCUGGAAACCCUGAUCGAAGCUGCAAUGACUGCUUGUAAAGGGGUGAGCAAGGUGCUGGACGAGGUGGUGAGGCAGCAUCUCCAAGAGGCAUCUGUACACUCCAGAGAGUAAAAUCUGGACUGGGAUUCUGAGAGAGUUUUCAUUUACUUCAUUAAAAUAGUUUCUUUAUACUUUUGUACAAAAAUGAUCCUAACAAUACAAAAUGUGUGUAUCUUUACUUCUUGUAUAUGAUCUAUAAAUAAACAAUUGUAUUUUAUGGGAUUGUUUGAACAGACCGGAACAAAAUAGACCUCAGAGAAUUACGGUAAGAAAAGCUCUUCAUCAUAAGACACCUAUCAGGUAAUUUAUAGAAUCAAGAAGCUUAUUGUUUUAGCUAAGUAUUAUUUGUAUUUGAAGAAAUCUUUUUUUUAUUGUAUUGUGCUGUUAAUGAAGUUUCAGGAACACAAAUGUGAAAUGUACUGCUUUGUGUUAGUGAAGCAUACAUACUAAGCUAUAUUAAAACAUUUAGAUAUAAA